UUCAGAACUAUCGGAUGGAUUUCUUUUAAAUUUGUAUGAAGCGCCCUUGGAUGAUAAUGGUUUGUUAAAAUGACAGGACUGGAACCUAUUAUAGGGACGGAGUAUGAUAUAGGGAAAUCGUACAAGUGGCAAAUUUGGAUAAUUAGUAGAUGUUGCCUGCAGGGGGUGCUUAUUCAGAUUUGUUCAAACAUAGUUGCUUGAACCGAUAAGGAUGUGACUGGGAUGACUGAGUGAAUCUAGCCAUGUUUUAACUUUCAUGUUAAACCGCAGGGUGGUUUUUAACCCAGUUGGGUAUGUGAACUGGAUGAUAUUUUUUCAAGAGAAGUGAAGUUACUUUGCGCUUAAAGGAGAGGGGCUCAGCAUGAAAUGGUUUGAUAAAUUCUUAAGUUUAGCGGAAAGAGCAACGAGUCAAGAUGAUGAAUGGAUGUGGUCAGAAGAACCUCAUACCGAACGACGUAAAGAAAUACUGAAAAAAUAUCCACAGAUAAAAAAGCUGAUGGGAUAUGAUUCCAGCAUAGCUUAUAUUGUAUCAGCGGAAGUUUUUACUCAGAUAUUUAUGUGUUGGAUAUUACAAGAAGCUAACUGGUGGACAAUAUUUAUAUUAGCUUAUUGUUUUGGUGGAGUUUUAAACCAUUCACUGGGAAGUGCUAUUCAUGAAAUUGGACAUAACUUGGCCUUUGGUCAUGGUAGACCGGCUGCUAACAGGCUCUUGAGCCUUUGGUGUAAUUUGCCGCUCGGCGUUCCUAUGGCAAUAUCGUAUCGGAAAUAUCAUGCCGAUCAUCACCGUUACCUGGGCGAAGAGAACCAAGAUGUAGAUAUCCCAACUCGACUCGAAAGUUUUUUGUUUCGUAGGCCCAUUACAAAAAUUAUUUGGUUGUUUUUUCAUCCAGCGAUUCAUGCAAUCCGACCAUUUUAUAAAAGUCCCAAACCGAUAACAGGUUGGGAGAUGAUAAAUACAGUAGUUCAAUUGACAUUUAAUGCUAUUAUUGUUCGUCUGGUUGGAUGGAAGGCAAUGAUAUAUCUUGUUUCUGGUACUUUUUUUUCUAUGGGAUUCCAUCCACUGGCUGGUCACUUUAUAUCCGAACACUAUCUAUUUACUGAUGGAUUGGCCACGCAUUCUUAUUAUGGACCACUGAACUUUAUUCUAUUUAAUGUAGGCUAUCACAUUGAACAUCAUGAUUUUCCGUACAUCGCUUACCAUCGUCUACCAGAGGUCAAACGAAUAGCAGCAGAAUAUUAUGAUCAUCAUCCCUAUCAUACUUCCUGGGUGAAGGUCGUGUGGACUUUUAUCUUUGAUAAAAAUCUGGGGCCACAUGCUAGAGGAGUUGGCUAUCGUAAAGAGAAAGUUAAUUAAACAAAAAUAUAUUAAAUGGUAUGAACAAAAAUAUUUUAUUUGAAGGCCUCAUUUACAAAAUUUGAGUUAAAUCUAUAUACUUAUGUUAUAGAGAAUAGAAAUGCAAAACUUAACAGUUCCAUUAAAACCCACAUGAUUUACAUUCCAAGACUAACUUACUAAUUGAUUCCUGAUUGAUAUUUCCUAGGCCUUAUUCCUGACGAUCAACAAAAUGUGAAGGUAAAGAUAACUCUUUAAUAGCGUUCGAAAAAUUUGAAAGCUGAUAGGGUUCUUUCUUAGUUACUAUAAGCGGCCAUGCCGAAUAUUAAAGGACUCUAGCAAGAACGAUUUCAGAAAAUGUUGAUCAAAAUUUGAUGGUUUUCUUUUCAUUAUUAUGCAUUUUCGUCUAAUGUUGUGAACGGUCAGAAUUUUAUGCUGAAAGCAUCAAAUUUAUUAUGAUGAUAUACGUUAUGGUCAAGUAUGUGCACCCAAUCGAAAUCUAUCGGAAUAUUAAUAGAUUCAGAUGGGGUCCUAAACGUAAUCUAUUCAUUGUGACAACUUAGAUGUUUUUACCACAAAAUUCAACACCGUUCUCCCGGUCUAAAUAUUUCCAAUUAUUUUAUGAAUUGUUGAUGAUUUUAUAGUUCUAUUUUUUAUUUAUUUAUGUUAGAAACUUGCCUAAAUGUAGAGUGAUCUCACUAGUAUGUAUAUCUUAGUGCGUGCUUUUUUUGUGAAUGUACGAUUACGCAAUCUGUCUACUGUUCAAUCACUAUUCUUGAACCUAAUCAAAUAGUACAGUCCUAUGAUAAUAUACAAAUUUGUUUUAAUAAGAUUUGUAUUGUAUUAAGCAUGUAGCUGUUAAAAUAGAUGGUCCAAUCAUUUCUGUAUUUAGAUACAUAACGGCGAGAAUCAACUGUUUAAAAAACUCCAACAAUACAUCUCUGAUCUGGUAAUAUUGCAUUCUGCAUACACAUAGAAUGGUUACUAUUAACUUUAAGAAUAGAUCUCUUCCCUGAAUGACCGCGACAUUCCAAACUUAGUAAUGCGGUUCUAAUCUGUGCCACACGAUUCAUGCACAAAAAGAAAAAAAUAAACAUUUCAACAGAAUAAAUAAUUCUCAAAUUUUGACUAAAAUCGUCGAUGUAGAAAUUAAAAUGUCGGUUAACCAGCUUUUUGUCUGUUUUCAAAUAUUCUUUGACAUAGUCUCUCUCUCUCUCUCUCUCUGCUGUAACAUAAAUAGGUAUCUGUAAAGGUUUGGGUUACAUGUAUUAACCUGCAGAUUUCGUCAAGGUCACAAGAUGUAAACAAACCUAGCCCUUGCCUUAGCUCUGUGUGUUUACAUCUCUGACCCAUGGUUACUAUGUCGAGUACCGUGAAUCGAGAGAGAGAAAUGGGGUUUAACGUCCACUCGACACAAACUAGGUCAUUUCGGGACUAACAUAAUAUGGUUUAAUUUUAUUUCAAUAAUUCGCUUGCGCAUAGGGGUCUUUAGCAGUGGGAGGAAACCGGAGGACCCAGAGAAAACCCACGAGGUUGGACAGGCGACCCUACUCCUUGUCACGUACAACCGGGGAUUUGAAACCACGCCAGUCGACUCAAUGACAGACUUUAUGAUACAGUGCGCGCACGCUAACCAUUCAGCCAUCCAACCCCCCUUCGAUCAGAGACAGUUUCCAGUAUUUUCGAAAUGUCCCACUCUUUCCUCAGCCUAAAGUAGUCAUUAAAAAAGCCAGACAUUUCCGUUUAGUUUAUGUCAUACCCUAUAUGUAUACGCUUGGUUAAUUGUUUUUAUAUAGAUUUUGCACUAUAGCAAUAUUUAUUUUUACAUAAUUAAUAUUAUUUUAUAUUACUAUUUUAUAAUGUAUACUAUGUGCCCCUUAAGGGUUGAUAAUAUGAGGACAAUAAUUGUUACUGUUUAUUAAAAAACAUAAACAAAAAAAAAAAUAAUUGUGGU